CAGAGACACAGAGACACACACAGAGACAGAGACACACAGAGACACGGAGAGACGGAGACACACAGAGAGACAGAGAGACACGGAGAGACGGAGACACAGAGACACGACGGAUCCAUUCAGCUCAUGACUGUGGACACUGACACAGAAGGUCGAUGUUGGGUCGUGGCGUUAAGAGGAAGUGGAGUUGUGUGGAGGAGCUGGAGGUCGAUGUCCUGCCUGCAGCCGCUGCAGAGAAGGUGAAGGAUGUGGAGGAAGACGAGGGCACGUUCCUGGUGGGUCCGUCCAGAUUGGACACGAGCCACCUGCAGCAGCGUCAGCUGGUGCUCGGCCUGUGUUUGGAGAAGCUGCGGGGGUACCAGGCGGGGGUGGAGCUUAGCCUGCGACGCUCCGUCCUGCUCAUCAACAUGCUCAGAGAGAUCCAGGAGGACAUGCAGAGUGACGGGGCAGGAACUUGCACGCCGGACGUGCUCCUCCACCCGGAUUCCUGUGUUCUCAGGGACACCUUCAGGGAGGACAUCUCGGUGACGUGUCCCGGGUGUGCGGAGGAUGACAAGGACAGCCUGUCUCCCCUGCCGUCCCCGGAGCUCCCGUCUCAGGAGACGAACAUCUUGCCUGACCAGCAGAAGCCUCUUCCCUCAGCGGCAGUCAGUACUUUCAGUGAUGCAGUCAACGCCAUGGGCUACCUCAGCGACCUCACCCUGGAUGACAUCUUCGAGGACAUCGACACGUCCAUGUACGAGACGUCAGACCUGCCCUCAGCCUGGGUGGCGGGCUCACUGUGGCCCGUCAGCGUGUCGCUGUGGGCAGAUGAUGACGUAAAGCUGCUCUCUCCCAGCCACGCCUCAGCUGGAAGUCUCCAGUCCUGCCUGAUGGACCUGAACGAGCUGGACCACAUCAUGGAGGUCCUGGUGAAGUCCUGAUCCGACUCUUGGACGUUUGCUGCACCUGAUCAAAGACUCUGAUGACAGCGGAGGAGGCGGGGAUCAUGGACUGAUACCAGAAUGCUGGACUUUAAGACUCCGUCUGAUGAACUUCCUGAUCACAGAGCUGACGUGUGAGGAACCGUCAAACAUCUGCAUUUAUUUAUUCAUGAAGGUGUGCCUCAAACUGAACUCUGAAUAUUUAUUAUGAUAAAGAACCAUUUGUAAAAUGUCCUGAUUCUGGUCGUUUGAACUCAGGUUGACAAAAAACGGCAGGUACAGAUUUUUAUGCAAAACAGCUUCACUCUGAAACUUUACUGUUGAUAUUCAACAAGGCAGAGAGAGACCGGUCUCUACGGCCUCAAGUCUCAGAUCUCUGCGGCUUCAGGUCUCAGAGCUCUGUGGCCUCAGGUCUCAGGUCUCAGAGCUCUGCGGCCUCAGAGUCAGCCUAAGUCGAAGCAACAUGUCUGAGUGAGUCCACAGCUGAGGAGGAGAAGGAGGAACCUGAUCCGCCAGUGUGUGUGCGUCAGUCGGACUGUUGGAUAAGACUUGGUUGAUUAUUAAUUGAAUCCCUUCAGUCAGCCCGGAGGGUCAAGGUUUCGGCUCCUCUCACUGUGACUGGAUGGUUUUUAUCUGCAGCUUUAUUUGGCUCAUGAAAAGGAGACUGUGGCCACUGAGUCCGUGGACGUUCAGUCUCUGCAGACGAACGCCAUGUUCACGCUGUGUCACAGAAGAUAUGGUCGACGUCUUGUUUCUCUGACAGAGUCAAAUGUUUGAAGAGUUUAUGAAACAUUAUCAUUAUUAUUAUUAUUAUUUAUGAAUGAAAACCAGCCACAGCCUGCAGCUGAUGUCAUCUGUAGGUUUGAGUUUAAUUUACUAUUCACAUUUCUUUAUGACCUCUGACGAUCGAGCCUAUUUACAGUUAAUCCAUCAUGUCAUCAAUGACACAUACAAACAUGUAUUUAAGGUCCCGUCUACACCUGGACACAUGUUCCUGAAAACAGAUAUUUUUCCUGUUUAAAAAAAAAACUGUCCACACGACUUUUGGUUUAAAAAAUAUAUCCGACCAAACUGGACAACAGAGACGACCUUCAACGUUAGCUACCACCUGGUGUGUGACAGGAAACAACGUGUUGAGGCUAACGUUAGCUACCACCUGGUGUGUGACAGGAAACAAACGUGUUGAGGCUAACGUUAGCUACCACCUGGUGUGUGACAGGAAACAACGUGUUGAGGCUAACGUUAGCUACCACCUGGUGUGUGACAGGAAACAAACGUGUUGAGGCUACCGUUAGCUACCACCUGGUGUGUGACAGGAAACAAACGUGUUGAGGCUAACGUUAGCUACCACCUGGUGUGUGACAGGAAACAACGUGUUGAGGCUAACUUUUCCAAACAGAUCCAGUUCCAUGCAGAUCUCAUCACUGAUGACUGAGGAUGAAGGAGCGGACUCAUACAUACGUGUGAUGCUCUGGACAUGCUAACGUUUUCCUUUAUUCUUCAUUAUCCACAGUCCCACUGUGGACAGUGUCCUACUGUGGACAGUGUGCACAGUGUUAGAAAUCUGUUAUUGAACGUGAAGACAUAAAGGAAAAUAUCUGUUUUCAAGAACCUGUUGUAGCGGCCUAAUAUCUGUGUCAGUGUUGCCAGAUCUCGCGAGACAAAUAAGCAACCAGGCAUGUGAAAACAAGCCCAAAACAAGCAACGUUUUCUACGGAGCCCCCCGAGGUUCCGGUGAGAGAAAAUUAAAUAAACUGUGUGCACGGUUUUACAGUCCGUGGGGACAGAUUGUCAAUUUACAUCCAUGUGGACAGAUGUAGUAAACUGCGCAGUUUAUUUAUUUUUCUCCCCCCUGAGCUUCAGGACAACGACCACAAGAGGGAGUGAAACCACCUUUUAACAUUAUU